AUGGCCGAGGGAAGCGUGGCUGCUGAUCAGGAGCAACUCCUGAGAAGGGUGCAGGAGCUUGAAGAGGAGGUGAGGAGGCUGCGGGAGAAGCUGCAAGAGGAUGAGAAGGGCGCUGGGAGACCAGAGGCUCCAUCGGCCCCCGGGAAGGGCAAGAAACGCCAACAACGGCCAUUCGAUUUCGGAGCCUAUGGCCGCAGACACGUGGCGCUGAAGAUCUCCUACCUGGGCUGGGGCUACCAGGGCUUUGCCAGCCAGGAGAACACCACCAACACCAUUGAGGAGAAGCUCUUUGAAGCCUUGAAGAAGACACGGCUGGUAGAUGACAGGCAGACAUCCAACUACCACCGCUGCGGGCGGACAGACAAAGGAGUCAGUGCAUUUGGACAGGUGAUCUCCCUUGAUCUCCGCUCCAACCUGCUGGAGGGUCAGAAGCUCAACGGCCAUGGAGGUGCCUCAGGAGGAAAAAGCGAGGAGGAGCUCCGCUACACCCAUAUUCUGAACAGGGUGCUCCCACCUGACAUCAGGGUGCUGGCCUGGGCCCCCGUGGAGCCCGAAUUCAGCGCCAGGUUCAGCUGCCUCAAGAGGACCUACCGCUACUUCUUCCCCUGUGCCAACCUGGACGUGGGGCUCAUGCACGCUGCGGCCCAGAGGUACGUGGGGACGCACGACUUCCGUAACCUCUGCAAAAUGGAUGUUGCCAACGGGGUGGUGAACUUCCAGAGGACGAUCCUGAGCGCUGGAGUGACGUGGGUUGAAGGAGGAGGAGGAGGAACGGGCCCGCAGGAUCCCUUCCAUCUGUGCCAGUUCGAGGUGACGGGCCAGGCGUUCCUCUAUCACCAAGUACGCUGCAUGAUGGCCAUCCUCUUCCUCAUCGGCCAGGGCAUGGAGAGCCCGGACGUCAUCGACGAGCUGCUGGAUGUGGAGAAGAACCCUCAAAAGCCACAGUAUAGCAUGGCAGUCGAGUUCCCCCUCGUCCUCUAUGACUGUGAGUUUGAGAACCUUCAGUGGCUCUACGACCAGGAGGUGCAGGAGUUCAACGUCACACACCUGCAGCAGCUCUGGGCCAGCCACGCCAUCAAAACUCAAGUGCUGCGCAGCAUGUUACAGGGGUUAGAUGCUGCUCCUGUGGCUACUAGCAAAG